AUGGCAAAAAAAUUGUUUGCCUCCAGAGACAAAUAUACGCACUUGAAUUUAAUGAUAGAUUCAGUGCUGGAUCCUACAGACUUGCGAGGAUUACUACGGAUGGACAAAAGUGAUUUUGACAAUUUGUUGGCAAUGGUAGCUCCUUUAAUUAAACGUCAAGACAGUCAAUUCAGACAAGCGAUUACGCCUAUUGAGAGAUUAAUGAUGCCAACAAAUAGUGAAGAAUGGAAGGUGAUAGCUAAACGCUUUGAAGAAAGGUGGAACUUUCCACAUUGUGUUGGUGCAUGGGAUGGAAAGCACAUACGUAGCGGCACCACCAAAUUGCGGUUCUUAUCAUUAUAUUAUAAAAAUUUUCAUUCGGUAGUGUUAAUGGCUUGCGUUAAUGCUGAUCGGCAAUUUAUGUUUGUCCAUGUCGGUACAAAUGGUCGCAUGUCGGACGGUGGGGUUUUGGCUGACACGGGAUUUUACGGAAAAAUUGACCGCGGUUACUAUAAUCUUCCAGCACCAGACAAUUUCGGUAAUGUCGAAAGAAUGCCUUAUGUUUUCAUGGUGAUGAGGCAUUUUCAUUAA